AUGUCCGUCAAUUCCGAAUUCAACUCUCGCGUCUAUCCAAUCAAACGGACUAUUCAAUCGGAAAUCGACGAUAUUCAGAGCUUGAGGGGUGUGCGAUACGGAAAUACGCAUCAAAUAGGAACAAGAAAAUGGUAAAUUGGAGCAGUCAUUCAGAAUAAAUUGAUGUUGUUUAGGCGCAUUGAAGUAUUGUCGGAAUGCUCAGAGAGAACUGACAAUCAAAAGUAUUUGAGUGUCUAUCUCCUUUGUCUUUCUGAAAUCAAACAAGGAAAAACAGUACACGUGACUCGCUCGUUUCGUUUGAUAAAUUUGAAUGAUCACAAGAGUCACAGUGCUGUCUCGAGUGGUGCAAGUCAAUUCACCAAAGAGGACAAAUCUUGGGGAUAUCCCCUGUUUCUGAAAUGGAAUGAGAUCGAAAAGUAUUCGAAAGACGGAAAGAUUCUGGUGGAAUGUACUGUUGAACUGCAAUCAGAGGACGGAAUUCCGAGACGGACUCUUGAUUUCGAGGAAGAGAGGCCGAAUACUCAAGAUAAAAUGAUUAUUCUCAAAAAUGAAAGCGACGAUGUAAGAUUUACAAAGAAUCAUCCCUACUUUCACAUUAAAAUGAUUGCAGAACUGUUCGAAUCACGGUGAGAAAAUGGAAUUCACCGUGAAUAUUAAUCAAGUUACAAACGAUGACCAAUUCACCGAUUCAUUCACAAUCAAUGGACUGCCAUGGUAUUAUUUUCCACUUUCCCGUGUUCUAUACAGAUUUUUAUUUUCAGCAAACUAUCCUAUCUAAAGUAUGACGAUCGUGGCGUUACUUAUAUGGAAGUGUUCUUGUACAUAAACUCGGACGACAAGAGUGACUGGUGGAUGUGUGAAGCUAAUGCCGAUUUCCGAAUUGCCAGCUCGACGGGAAUACAAUACUCGAGAAGCAUUGGUGUUUCUUGGUUCAACAAGUCGUCGCCAAGCUGGGGAUCGCCCGAAUUCAUCGAAUGGAAUAAACUAAUCGAUCCCGCGAACGGAUAUGUGAAAAAUGGAAAAUUCGUUCUGGAAGCAUACGUUCGAAUUUAUCGUAUUUUGGGAAUUGAUGAGAGAACAGGAAAAGGAAUUGAUAGACCAAUGCGGAAAAUGACGGAUGUUGUACUCGUGAUUGAGGGAAAGCAGUUGCACGUAUCCAAAAAGGUAUGCUAUUCAUUUCAAACUCUUUUUCUCUCUCCGGUCGUUCGGAUAUCGAUCUUUUUGUGGGUAGAUCAAUUUGUUCAGAUGUUUGGCCCGUAGUACACAACAAAGAACACAGUUGUACAUAGAACACCAAAUUCGUGCUGAUAAGAUGAUGAGAGUCACUUAUGCCCUCACAGUACCAAUAUUCAGAUUCUCGCCCAGCAAUCCGCUCACUUUGCGCAAACAUUCCGUUCAGGAAAUGGUGGCAACAUUACUAACGUAAAACUCGAAGAUUUUGUUCGAUUUCUGGAACUCGUCUAUAAUUAUGACACGGACAUUUCAGGUGAACAUUGGAAGAAUACUUAUUACCGACUGUUGAUCAUUUUCAGAGGAGAACAUUGAAAGAGUACUCAAACUCAUCGAACACUUCAAGGCUCCCGAGUGUUUCGAGCGGUGCGAUGUCAUUCUGAAGAAGAUGGAAUUCAAGGAUACGAUGAAAAUGUUGCACUUGGUGGAUACGUACCCGCUGCCAGAACUGAAGAAAGUGUUUCUGCAUAAACUGAAAGAUGAGGCGUUGCUGCAAUCAGUUAUUGCAACUCCAAAGUACAAGCAAUUGAGUCAAGGAAUGAAGGUGGCCAUAUUGGAAUGGAAACUUGUGCCGGAGGUUUAAUCUGAUUUCAAACUUGCAGAAAUAAAGAAUCUGUUGUUCAGGAGUAUUGUACGGAAAAAGAGGAAAUCACUGAAUAUCGGUUCAGCACUGAUUUCGAGAAGAAAACUGAUUUGACGGAUGUGGAGAUCGAAGUGGAAACGUUCCAGUACUACGUCAGUAAACAAGUGGGUCUAGUCUCAAUUCUGUCCAAUAAUUCUUCAUUCAGAUACUGGCCAAUGCAUCCGAAUACUUCAUGAAACGCUUCUAUGGACCAUACUCUGAAGAUGUUCAAAAGAUUGAACUAUUCAAUGUUGAGCCGUUGCAAUUCGAGAAACUGCUGACUCACAUCUACCAUCCGACCAGACCAGUUACCGGUCAGUGUUCUAGCUAUUGUAUUUGCGUUACUAUAAAAUAUUCCCUUAUUUCAGUGUUCAGCGUGGAUUCCCUUCUUGUGCUGGCACACCAAUUCAAAGUCCCCAAACUGUUGGAUAAAUGUGAGGAGUAUUUGGUUCUCAAAGACGGAAUGGAUCUGAUGGAUAAGUUGGAAUACGCUGGAAAGUACAAUCUUCCAUUACUCUUGGCAAGUUCGACAUUUCGAUAGUUGUUGAUAUUGUUUUUGUGAUUCAGGAAGCUUCUCUCAAGGCAGUGAGAUCUACGGGAUCGUUCAAACAAAUCUUCAGUCAUCCCACAUUUUCACAACUUCCUUCCCAUGUUCUCGGGGAAAUAAUGAAGCUAGGGCUGUGA